UUGUUACGUGCAAUGUUGUGAGACCAGACACCUGUUAGGGAGGCGUUAUCGGGAACGGGUGAGACGGCAUGCUGGUCGUCUACUCCAGAAGACUGGAAGCAUGGAUAAGAGCUGGGAAACUUUCUGAAGUAUUGUAGCAGGUUGAACAUUGCUGUGUCACAGAGCCAGAAGUUGUCCAUUACGAAUGGGAUUUUGUUGGGGCUUCUAGACAUCACGUGACUCCGUGAAGACGUAGACUGACGAUGCGUCUGUCAGAGCGCUACCUCGUGACGUGUCUGUUCGUGCAGCUGGCGCUGCUGUCGUUGUACGUCAUGAGAGGACGCCUACAGACGGGACUGGCAAACAUAUCAAACUUAUCCAAUAUGCGUGUGUGUAAAAAGACGUAUGGUAACCGCAGAAGAAUUCAGAAAAAAUUCUGAUUUGAAAAUUGGAAAUCCAUUAAUUGAUAAUUAUGGAAAAAACGACCCCCGGGCGGUGGGAGAAAAUGGACGGGGAGUUGCGUUCGAGUCCGAUGACAUGGAGAAGGUUCGAAAUGUUCUCGAAACGCAUCGAGUGAAUACUCUUGCUAGUGACAGAAUUCCACUCAACAGGAUUGUGCCGGAUUCGCGGUUCCAAGAAUGCAAGGACGUCUCCUAUGACCACGACCUCCCCACUGCCUCCAUUAUCAUCCCAUUCCACAACGAGUGGCCCUCCAUCCUGCUGAGGACUGUCUACAGCAUCAUCAACAGGACGCCCAGGCACCUGCUGCAGGAGAUCCUGCUGCUGGAUGACGACAGUACCAUGUCAGAACUUAAAGGCAAUUUAAGCACAUAUGUGUCUGAGAAGUUCCCCGAAGGUCUGGUGCGAGUCGUGCGCAUGCCCGGGAGAAUGGGCCUUAUCAAGGCCCGACAAAUGGGAUGGAAGAUGGCUGAGGGUGACGUUAUUGUCAUAUUUGAUAGUCACAUGGAGGUGAAUAUCGACUGGCUACAGCCCCUGUUGACCGAGAUAAAGAAGGACCGGAAGACGGUGGCUCUCGGAACACUGGACUACAUACAGGCGGACACCAUGCAGUACACGUGGCAUGAAAACUACGUCACCCGCUACGGCUUUGACUGGAGACUCAUCUUCUUUGAGACUUUCUUCCGGCCUGACCAUUAUGGAGAAGGAAACCACAGCCCAAAACCGGGCUCGGUGAUGGUGGGUACGGCUUAUGCCGUGGACAAAACAUACUUCGCGGAAAUCGGCGGCUUUGAUGAGAAAAUGAAGGUUUGGGGAGGCGAGAACCUGGAGAUUGCCUGGCGGGUGUGGAUGUGCGGCGGGCGGCUCGUGCAUCUCCCCUGCAGCAAGGUGGGGCACAUCGCCCGGGUCCAGCCCUACAAGUUCCCGGAGGGUCGGCGAGAGACAGAGGUGUUCAACUACAAGCGGGCUGUGGACGUGUGGAUAGACCCGCCCUACAAGAAGUUCAUCUACGAUUACUUCCCUGAGAUGGAGUCUAUGGAUGUCGGAGACCUGAGUGAACGUCUGGCGUUAAAGGAAAGGCUAGGAUGCAAGAGUUUCACAUGGUUCCUAGAGAAUCACUGGCCUGAACUCAACGUCUAUGAUAAGAAUGCGGUGGCUUGGGGGUCGGCCAGGAAUCCCGCUUCAAACCGUUGCCUAGACAACCACCAGUACUUAUUCCAAGCAGCACAGCCGCUGUUUGCAGAACAGUGUCACUUUCACUAUGCUACACAGGGUUUCACGUGGACGACGGAUGGGUUGUUGCGAACGUCCCUGCAGUGUGUGGUGGUGAAGGAGGUGCAGGUCGGGGGGCAUCCCAUGUUGGAGGACUGUCUCAUUGGAUCACAUGACAAGUGGUCACACGUGAAGGGUGGUAUGCUUCGACACGAGGCCAGCCAACUGUGUCUUGGGAUGGACGAUCAGGGGCUCAUCAUGAACGCCUGUUUCCCAGAGGAUGAAUCUCAGAAGUGGAUCUUUAAUCAUUACAUGUAUAACUCGCAAUAAAGACAAUAAAUUUGGA